GACGUUCAUUUGGGUGGAGUGUUUGCACUUAAUUAGCAUCAGAUCCAUUUAAAAAAUCAAUUUUAGGACGUGUGUGCUUCUUUUUAAAUCAAGGACUUAAAUCAAGCACAAUCAUGUUCUUUAAAGCACACAAACUAGCUCUAACUUGUCCUCCGCAAAGCACACAAACAGCUCAUUUUUGAUCAGUGACUUCUCAGAGCCUGAGUGGAGUACAGUGGUCUGGUAGUCCUAAUGUGUUAUGAUUGCUGUUUUUUUAUUCCCUUUUUAAAAUUUGUGUGCAGCACUGUACAUUCAAAUUUUUACUGAGUUUUGAAUUGGAUCUAGCCACUUUUCUGCCAGUUGUAGUGUGGACCAAUGAGACUAUAAGGUCUUUGUCAGCAUAUUUAACCUUCAGACAAGACCUCCUCUUCUCCCACUCAGUUUUUUCUUCCUGUCUCAUCCCCGUUAGUCCUCACACUGUGGUGUUGUCCUGGGUGCUAGCAGACGGCUGUGAAGGCUCAGAUUCUGGACACUCUAGUGGUUCAGAGAAUCUCACUUUUUUCUUUGGUUUCUUCUUUCAGGCUGGUCUUCUUCUCAACUUGUUUGGUUUGUCCGUCAUCAGAAGAUGUUUAAUGUUGCUGUGUUGUACUGCUUGAUUCUGAAAAUAAUAAUACAUAUUAAUGUUGCGGGCUGUUUUUCAUACAUUUUUCAAGUCAGUUUAAUCUUUUUCAGAGUUAUGAGGAAGCCGAUCUCAGCGCCGGUCGGGUGAAGGCGUGGUACAUCCUGGAUGGUUUGCUUAUCUAACAAAGGGUCACACAGAGACACAAUCACACACAGUCUCAUUCCCACCUAUAAUUAUAAUUUAAAGUCAUCAAUUGAUUCAUGUGUUUCUGCAGUGGGACGAACCUGCAGAAAACCCAAACAUACAUAGGAAGAAUAGCAGAAGCAGUUAAUGUUGGGGAAAUAAACAUUAAUUCACUUACCAGUAUCUCUUAUCCUUUGCAGAAUCUUUUUCCAUGAUCUUUUGUUGCUUAUUUAACAAAAACUUGUUUAAAAUGAUAAAUGUUUUCUGAGCUUCAAUGUGUAAGCUAAAUUUUCUAAGUAACUUUUACAUAUAUUCAGAGUUAAAGACUAAAAUAUUUUGUUGUUGAAGUGUUUUGCUAAGCAACUUAAAAUGGGUCUUUUAUUUCUGUGAUGUCACAGUCUGUUGCUAAGUAACACACCAAGUGACUUUGGUGUUAAUAAUGUUAAAGUGGCUUCAGUUUACUUUGACUGUUUGCAUCUAAAUCAUCACAUCCUGAAAAAUGAUCAACAUUUUUUGACAACAUGUGAUUUUAAUACAUAUGUAGUAAAGACAAACAAAAUACACAUUAUAUACUGUACAUGUAUAUGUUUAAGGAAACAGCCCACUGAUUUGUGCAAUUGUGGGGAAGAGGAGGAAUCAGUGGUUUGUGUCUUGUGUUGCUGCAAAAGGUCUGGGGAAGACAGAAGGCACCUGGAGGACAGUUUCAAGUUGUCAGACAUUGAAGUUUUGAGUUUGAGGAGGCUUUUUGUUUUGUUUUGCAGUCAAGUUAGGUAGUUCCCCACUCUGACUCACAGUUCUACACAGUAGAUGGCGGAAAUGCACCUUCACGUUGCUGCACCCUCCAUUUAAACAAGAAGAAGAAGAGGAAGAAGUAUUGCACCUCCUCAUUUCCUCAUUCUUUAGUCAAUAUUGAGCAGACAGAACAGCUGAACCUCAGAUAAAACAGAAUUUACUUCAUGGAAACACUCUUAUUUUGUCAGCUCCUCCUCAGUUCUUAAGUUUUCCUUUCUGUCAGUUGAACACCAUGGCAGCGACCAGCUGUUGCUUACAAGAGGAGCAGUUUCUGUGCUGCAUUUGUUUAGAUGUUUUUACUGAUCCAGUCACGAUACCGUGUGGACACAACUUCUGCAAAAUGUGCAUUACCAAAAACUGGAACAUUAGCAGUCCUCGAUGCCAGUGUCCUAUGUGUAAACAACAUUUUACAGUUCGUCCUGAGCUGAGAGUCAAUACUUUUGUUUCGGAGAUGGCCACUGAGUUCAAGCAGGCGACCCAAAGACAAAGUAGCGUGGAGCUCCAGAAAGCCAAACCAGGAGAAAUCCCCUGUGAUGUUUGCACUUUAACAAAAAUGAAAGCUGUCAAGUCCUGCUUGACUUGUUUUGCCUCCUAUUGCAGCAUGCACCUGGACCCCCAUAAAACGUCUGACCGACUAAAGACUCAUAUGCUCAGUGAACCGGUUGAGAGCAUGGAGGCCAGGAUGUGUCCGAAGCACAAAAAACCUCUGGAGCUCUUUUGUAGGAACGAGCAGCUGUGUGUGUGCUCACACUGCUCUGUUACAGAACAUGUGGCCCACGACAUCACGUCCAUCAGCGACGAAUGUGAAUCCAAGAGGACAAAGCUGCAAGAUGUCGAAGCUGAAACUCAGCAGAUGAUCAGAGAGAGGCAGCUGGAGAGUCAACAGAUCGAACAGCUAAAAAAAUACAGCAGGGAAGAUGCAGAAAGAGAGAUUGCCAAUUCUGUCCAGGUCUUCACCGUUUUCAUGCAGACGGCAGAAAAAGGUCUCAACAGGCUUAUUGAAAUGAUUGAGGAGAGACAGAAGAGGACAGAACAAGAGGCCGACGGCUACAUCAGAGGACUCCAACAAGAAAUCUCUGUCCUCGGUCAAAGAACUGCUGAGCUGCAGCAACUCGCCCAAACUCAGGACCAUCUCCUUCUCCUCCAGAAAUUAACUGGCCUGCAAUCUACCGAAAACCCGAUGACUCGAACUUGCACAAAUAUCCGUCUCCCAGUGUUUGAGGGAGCUGCCCUGGAAGCCGUGGCAGAGCUGGAGAAAACACUGAGUGCAGAGAAAGAGCGACUGCUACACGAAGCAAGACUGAAAAGGGUUCGGCAGUACUCAGUGGAUGUGGUUCUGGAGGCCCAAACAGCCAACCCCUACCUUAUCCUAUCUGAAGAUGGGAAACAAGUCCGCUGUGGGGAGGUGAGACGGGAUCUGACAGAAAACGAGGAGAGGUUCUCUCUUUAUGCUAGUGUCCUGGGACAGCAGACCUUCUCUUUUGGUAGAUUUUAUUUUGAGGUACAAGUUACAGGAAAAACCGACUGGACUCUUGGUGUUGUGAAAGAGUCUGUGGAUAGGAAAGGAAUCGACCCACUGAGCCCAGCCAACGGUUACUGGGCAGUUGGCUUGAGAGAUGGAAACCAGUACCUGUGUCUGGACAGCCCUGCUGUGAGCCUGAUUCUAAACUGGCACCUGGAACGGCUUGGAGUGUUUGUUAGUUACGAGGAGGGUUUGGUGUCCUUUUUUGAUGUAGACAAAGCUGUUCACCUUUACUCCUUCACUGACUGUGUCUUCACUGAGAGUCUGAGGCCCUUCUUCAGUCCUGGUAAUCACAAGCGAGGGAUAAACUCUGCACCUCUCAUCAUCUCGCUCAUAAACCGCAUCGACUAGAUUUUGUCUGUGAAACUUCCUCCAGUUUUGCCAAGGGGUACCUACGGCGCUCUGAGGUCCGCCAAGAGACAUUGUCCCUUCAGCACCUUCUGGGUCUACCCAAGAUCCUCUGCCUGAUGGGGGAUGCCCAGGAUACCAGGGAGGCAUCUAGGAGACAUCUUAAAGUGAUACCUGAGACACUGCAGCUGGCUUUUCUUAAUAUGGAGAAAAAGCUCUACUCCCAGCUCCACCCAGGAAAUGGAGCUCCUCACCCUAUCUCUAAGGGGAUUCCUCAGCAACCCUGCGGUUCAGUAAAAUCAGCAAAACAAUAUAGUGUGCUAAAAAAGCAAACCCUAAACCGGUCCCCACUCCCUGGCUAGGCCUAGGCAGUCUGUCCAUAAAACCUCAACAGAACCAAUGACAAAGGCUUUUCCUGACAGGCACGACUUACUGCUGGCAGUAUGAGCCAAGGUGACUGUAUAGAGACGGGACUCCCCUACCUUCCAGAAGAAACACAAUGAGAGACACGAUCAAAUGGUUUCUCCUAAACGGGAGUUGAAGACAAUACGGUUGAUAAGGGGAACAGCCACAGGGUGAUCAGACAUCAUACAGUCUCAAGGAGGGGUAUAAGAAGGUGCUACAAUUGCAAACCUCAAUACCAACAUGAGUGAUAACAGCAAUAUUUAGAAGAGAGAGCUCAGAAAGAAAUCGGGAAAUGUUUUUAUUUUAUUUUUUUACUUUAACUCUUCAUGAAGACUUUUGUUACAAUUCUUUGCCCAACACCAGAUUCUACAGAAGUUCAAAUAGUUUGAUGUCAAUAAACGUGUCAUCCGUUACCAGUUCCAUGACUGUAAAAUCUCCUAAACGUUAUCUUAUAUCUCCUGGCCUAACUUCAUCAGCUUGCAAAACUGGACUAGUCUAACUCACUUUCAAAGGGUCUGUUUCAAAUCUUUUAAACUGUCAAAGAAUGGCCUGUUUUCUGUGAAUGAACAAAACAUUUUGUUUGAGUGGCCCUUAGCCUGAAGACACAUUGAAGAAUAUUCACCUGUAUUUGUCACAGCAGUAGAUUUGGACUUGUCUCUUCCUCUUCACAUACCAUUGUUGUGUAUGUGUGAAUGUACAUUUUAUACUUCAUAUUUUUGUAUUACAUAGUAUCCUAAACUGCUUUUAAUUGCUUCAUGAAAACAAAUGAAGUGUUUUGAAUAAUCUAAAUUUUUUAUUUUGUAUCCUAUGAGCCAGAGUAUUUAAAUCUAAAUCAGAAAUUAUUUAUUCUGCCACACAAUACUGAAAUAAUUUACAAAACGGUUAUCCUGUGCUGUGUUAACAUGAAAAUAAAAACACAAUCAAAAAAACAA